CAUGCCUUCGUCUUCCAAGAGGUGACCUUAUAUGAUAUUUAUCAAUAAUUUUAAAAAAAUCGAUUUUAUUUAAUGUCAUUCUGUCUGAUGCAGUAAACACUACAUUGUGUUGCUUAUUGUUUACUUCCCUCUUAGGGAAUAUUACCUUAACGACACGUCAAGACUGAUCAGUUUUAUAGACAGGUCUAUACAGUUAAUCCAUCAGUUUAAUAAGAGUAAUAAAUAGGGAAUAAUGGCGGAGGCGCAGCAGGCACGAGUGCAGAACGCGGUGGAGGAGAUGGUGCAGAGUCUGGAGAGGAAUCACAUCCGGAAGAUGCAGGGCCGGAUGUUCCGGUGCAGUGCAGAAUGCUGUGAGCGCACGACGGACUCUAUGAGUCAGGUUCAUGAGUGUAUAGAGCGCUGUCACACACCUCUGGCUAAAGCGCAGGGAUUCGUCACUAGUGAGCUGGAAAAGUUUCAGGAUCGACUGACACGAUGUACUAUGCACUGCAAUGAUAAAGCCAAAGACCUGUUCGACUCUGGGGCGAAGGAGCCGGCGGUGCGCGCUCUCAUGGAUAAGUGUGUGGGCAGUUGCGUGGACGAUCACCUCAGCCUGCUGCCCAGUAUGACACGCAGACUGAAGGAGAACCUGGAUUCUAUACCACAGUGAGCAGUCAGAUUUUAAAACACCAUCAGUGAGGAAUAUGUGAAGAAAAAUGCCAGAGCUUCAUGGUGGACUUCUUCAUCAGCGUUUAGUGUACCGUGACCCGUCAGAAUUGUACCGCGUCUGCCUCAACUGCUUGUUUUUGUACAGACAAUAAAAGCAAUAACUGUGAAAUGAAACGAUCUGGCUGUUUGACUCUGUAAUGUGAACACAAACUGAUGCAAUAUUUUGCGUUAAAUUCGAAAACCUUUCAGAACAAUUGUUCAGCUUAAA